AUGGCUCCCGAUAAGAAAGACAAGAAGCGCAAGGCCGCUGUUGCCUCCGCCGACGUGCCCGUGAAGAAGACGAAAAAAGUCGAGGCCAAAGCCGCCAAAGCCGCCGAACCCGCACAGGAAGCGCCCAAGUCUAUUCUGAAGAAGAACAAGGCCAAUGCCUCGGCUAAGGAGGAAAAGGCCUCGAAGCCAAAGGCCAAUGGCGACGCACCCAGACCAGUCAAGCCUCGCAAGCGCGCAGCUGAUUAUAUGAGUGAUGAGGAUAGUGACGCUGAGGCCACCGUCCCCGCGAAGAAGUCUGCUGAGAAGGAGACCAAGAGCAAGCCUAGCGCAAAGAAGACCAAGCAAGAGGAUGGUACGGCUGCUCCCGUCAAGGAAAAGGCCGCCAAGGCUGGUAAGAAGGCGAAGAAGGUUGAGAUCGUGCCUAGCGAUUCGGAAGAUUCCGAGGGCGAGGGAGUUGCAUUGAAUGCCGAGAGUGAAGACGAAGAUGAUGACCAGACUACUGCCCUGAUUCGGGGUUUCGAGAGCAGCGGUGACGAAGACGAGUCUGGAGACGAGGCCGUCGACCCCGAAGCUCCGGUCCCCAGGAUCCCCGACUCGAAGAAGGCAAAGCGCAAGAUCCUCAAGCUGCAAAAACAGAACAAGUCGGAGACUUCAGAAAAGCCUGGAGCUGUCUACGUCGGACGUAUUCCUCACGGUUUCUAUGAGCACCAAAUGCGGUCGUACUUUGCACAAUUCGGCGAGAUCACUCGCCUGCGUUUGUCGCGCAACCGUAUAACCGGUCGCUCCAAGCACUACGCCUUCAUUGAAUUCGGAUCCGAGUCCGUCGCCAAGAUUGUCGCCGCCACCAUGGAUAACUACCUGAUGUACGGGCACAUCCUGAAAUGCAAGUACGUUCCAGCAGAGCAAGUUCACCCAGAGCUCUGGAAGGGUGCCAACCGCCGCUUCAAGACCACACCGUGGAACCGAAUCGAGCAGAAGCGCCUGAACAAGGGCAAGACCCGCGCCAAGUGGACGAAGAACAUCGAGCAGGAGCAGAAGCGACGACUUGCCAAGGCCGAGAAGAUGAAGGAGCUUGGGUAUGACUUUGACCUUCCAGAGCUGAAGAGCGUGGACGAUGUCCCUGUGCAGAAGGCCAUUGAAGGUGAGGCUGAGGAAGCCAAGGCUGUUGAGGGUGGUGAGCAGGCUAAGGCUAUCGAGGCACCAGCCGAGCCUGAGAAGGUCGAGAAGACGGAUGAUACCCCCAAGAAGUCGAAGAAGGACAAGAAGAAGAAGGCGGCAGAGGUAGAGGCUCCUGUUGAGUCGCCCAAGCCCAAGGAGGCUGCCUCGCCGGCUACCAAGCCCAAGAAGGCGAAGAAGACCAAGGCCAAGGCAUAG